AUGGUCAAACCCAAGGGUCAACCCACUCCCACUCGCGCUUCAUUCAUUUGUCAAAUAAAUAGGUUAGGUCGAUAGUUAAAAUAUUUUGAUUUAAGAGUUUUCAAAGAAUCUUUUAACUUUAGCAGUUAUCAAGUUUAAUUGACAGUGCAUUUAGCAUCAUUUUAAGAUGAAUAUCCCGCCAAUGCAACAAGGUCCUGUACUCCAGCAAGUCAUGAGCCAACAACCCGGUACACAAAAUGCUCCACAAAUGCAGCCUCAAAUGCCUCAGCCUCACUCCCAAGAAAAAUUAGAUAACAUAUCUAAAGUAAAAUCCCUUAUCGGCCAGCUAAGAGAGUCUUUAGCAGUUACUCUCAAGAAUGCUGCCCAUGCGUUGCAUCAAAACAGCCAAAUAGAUGUAGGAACUGUGAAGUCAGUUGAUAUGCCUCCACCACCUCGAUUUGACAAAAGUAUGGAAGAGUUUUACUCAAUAUGUGAUCAAAUUGAACUUCACUUGAAAACAUCCAUAGAGUGUGUAAACCAGGGAACAAGUAGUCAGCGAUAUCUGCCUCUAGCAGUGGCGCCAACCCGUACAGAACCUAUACCCAACCAAGACAUGAGCACGUUGACAUACCCCCAGUACCUGGCGACAGUGAGGGCACAGGUCAUGUACGCCAAGGAGAUACACGACAUGUUGCUCGCUGCUGCACAGAAUAUAACGGCUACCGAAUAGCAUUAUUUUACUGAUUAAAAUUUUUCAAUGUGUAUAUCAAGUGUUGAAGAUUUUGUAACAGCAGGCUUACCUGAAUGAUAAAAUAGUCCACUCAGGCACAAGAAACACAACAAAUAUUCCACUGUACACAAAAAAUUGUAAUUUCUCCAACUCUGAAGUGAACACUUUCCGCAUCUGUAUCCAAGCCUUUAAACUAAAACCUUCAUUGGUUAAACGUUCUGUUAGUGAUGGUGAGAUAAAAUUUUUGUAUAGUAUAAAUUUUUGUGUGAGUCUUACAUCAAAGUGGAUGUCUUAUAUGCCAAAGUGGAUGACUUAUUCCCCAUUCAAAUAAGCCUACACCGAACAAUAAUCCUUGAAAUUAUGGCCCUUGUGAUCUUAGGUUACAUCUUUACAUUUUUUUUGUGAAAAAUAAAGUCAAUUAUUUAUUUAGGCUAUA